AACCCCAAUUUCACUCAAAUCCUUAUCCGAACCCUUUCCAUCUCGAAUGGCCACCGACGCCUCCGCGAAAUUCCAUAAUCCAGAGCUGAUCCCUGUCCCGCAGCACCACAUGGAACACCAGCCGGAACCCUCCGCCGCUGUGGCGGCGCACGACGGGAUCCAUUUCUGGCAGUUCAUGAUCGGCGGCUCUGUCGCCGGCAUGGUUGAGCACAUGGCGAUGUUCCCCGUCGACACCGUCAAGACGCAGAUGCAAGCCCUAGGUUCCUGCCCAAUCAAGUCCGCGAGCGUCGGCCACGCGCUCGAAUCCAUUCUCAAACGCGACGGCCUCAGAGGCUUCUACCGGCGGCAUAGGCGCCAUGGGUCUCGGCGCCGGCCCCGCCCACGCCGUCUAUUUCUCCGUCUACGAGCUCUCGAAGAAGAGCCUUUCCGGCGGGAACCACAACAAUCCGGCUGCCCACGCGUUGUCUGGGGUUUUCGCCACAAUCUCCAGCGACGCCGUUUUGACGCCCAUGGAUAUGGUGAAGCAGAGGCUGCAGCUGGGCAGCAGCCCGUACAGUGGGGUUUGGGACUGUGUUCGGAGGGUGGCUCGGGAAGAGGGGAUUAGGGGUUUUUUUGCAUCCUACAGAACCACUGUACUGAUGAAUGCGCCCUUCACAGCAGUACAUUUCGCAACAUACGAGGCGGCCAAAAGAGGGUUAAUGGAGGUUUCGCCGGAAAAUGCUAGUGACGAGAGAUUGGUGGUUCACGCCACAGCUGGGGCAGUGGCUGGGGCGCUGGCAGCAGCCCUUACCACACCUCUCGAUGUUGUGAAGACUCAGUUGCAGUGCCAGGGUGUCUGUGGAUGUGAUAGAUUCGUGAGUGGUUCAAUUGGUGAUGUCAUCAGAACAAUAAUAAAGAAAGACGGAUACAUAGGUCUUCUAAGAGGGUGGAUGCCGAGGAUGCUCUUUCAUGCUCUGGCUGCUGCCAUUUGCUGGUCAACUUAUGAAACUGCAAAAACUGCCUUUCAAGAACUCAAUGCAAACGUGACCUGAGAAUUCAAAACUCUGUACAACAAGUUUUGGAAUCAAAACUCCAUAAAACAGAGGUAACUCUUUACAUACUGGGAGACAAUUUACGAUCAGGACAAGACAACAAGUUUUGGAAUUAUAUAAAAUAAUGUAAAAUUAGCAGUUACUGAAUGAUAAUUGGAUUGGAGGUGGUGAAUUAUUUUUUAGUGAUUAAUUUGGGUUCCUGUUCCCUGAGAUUUAUUUUUUCUUUCUUUUUCUUUUUU